AUGAUUCGAACGCCUUGUAAUAAUAUUUUCGCCGUCAACAAUGUUUAUAGGUACUUAAGUAUUCGAAAUGCUUCAACUGAACAUUUAUUGACUCCAGAUGUAAAUUCUGAAACCUAUCAAUAUCUACAGAAGAGCAUAAUUCCAACUUAUCAUUUUCAGAAAUCCCUGAGGCGUUUACCUAUACCAAAAUUGGAGAAUUCUUGUAAACGCUAUUUGGAUGCAGUUAAAGCAAUUUAUUCAGAAAAUGAAGCAAAAGAAAUGGAAGGUUUAAUUGACAAUUUUAUGAAAAAUGAAGGGCCAGAAUUACACAAAGCUUUGAUCGAUUAUGACCGUCAACAUUUGGAUACUUCUUACAUUUCAGAACCCUGGUUUGAUAUGUAUUUGUCUGCACGUGUUCCUUGCCCUGUAAAUUACAAUCCUUUUAUGAUGUUUGCACCAGAUCCAGAUCCUCGUUAUAACGAUCAGUUAAUCCGCGCUACAAAUUUUGUAAUUUCUUGUGGUCGUUUCAAACGUUCUUUAGAUGCUGAAAUUUUGGCGCCUGAAGUUUUUCAUUUGAAUCCAGAAAAAUCCAACAAACUUUCAAUUCAAAAAUUUUGGAGUUUGCUUCCUCAAAGUAUUAGUUGGUUUGGUGCUGUGGCUUUUAAAGCAUUUCCGUUAGAUAUGAGUCAAUACAAAUCUUUAUUUGGUGGUUGUAGAAUACCUCAACGUGGAAAAGACAAAUUAACUUUGAAGACUGAUUCUAAACAUUUUGUUGUUGCGCGUAAAGGAACAUUCUAUUCUGUUGAUCUUUUUGAUGAGAAAGGUGAAUUACUUUCUCCUGAUGUUAUUUAUUCUUCUCUACAUAAAAUUUUAAAUAGUUCAUCCUCUUAUGAAAAAGAAGAAUCAUCGCUUGUUGGAUCGUUAACAACAUUGGAUCGCGAUAUUUGGGCAGAUACAAGACAAGAAUUAAUUGACUUAAACCAACAAAAUUUCCAGUCAUUAAAUACCUUAGAAAAUGCUCUAUUUUUAUUAUGUUUUGAUGAUUUGGGAAGUGAGGAUCCUUGUCGUUUGGCUAAUUCUCUUCUGUGUGGAGAUGAUGGAAGAAAUCGAUGGUUUGAUAAAUGUUUUCAAUUAAUUGUUGACGGGAAUGGACAAACUACAAUCAAUUUCGAACAUUCCUGGGGCGAUGGUGUUGCUGUACUUCGUUUAAUGGAGGAGAUACUCAAAGACACAAUUACAAAUCGUUUUGUUUCUGCUGGAAGACAAGUGGACGCUGCUAAAGCUGGAGAAACAAAAAGAUUGGAAUGGAAAUUAAACGAUUCUCUUCGAGCAAAAAUUCGCAAGGCAAGUGAACAACAUGUUCAUCGUUGUAGUGAUUUGGGUUUUGACUGUAUUGAACAUACAAAAUUAACUAAAGAAAAAAUAAAAAUGGCAAGACUGUCGCCAGAUGCAAUUAUGCAAUUGGGAAUGCAGCUAGCAUUUUAUUCAAUUUAUGGAGAAUUUGUGCCGACAUAUGAAAGUUGUUCUACUGCUGCUUUUCUUAAAGGAAGAACUGAAUGUAAGGGAAAGGAGAGGUUUUCUUUAUUUUUAGGGGGUUUUAGGAAAAUAAUGAGAGGCUUUUUUCUGGUUAAUGCGGUGAAUUCUAGCUGUAUGGGCGGAGCAGGUCCGUAA